AUGCAAGCUCAAGAACAUUUGCGUGCUGGUCGAGUCUCAACCUUGUCGAGCUUUCCUGUGGAAGAUAUACACGCCGAAAUCGUGGUUGAACACGCUGCUCGGGGCGAUAAACUAUGCAAGCACGUCAUCGACGAAGUAGAUGUGCAUAAUUUAGUGCUGUCCGGAGGGAUCUCCGAAGCCGGUGAAACUUGUAUUAAUCAGAUUCGUUGUGACUAUGCGAGACACACACCUGGACAAAACUUGCUAAUCCUGUUGCGAUCGAGAAGUCAAGCGCAGGGUAUGACUCUGGCAUUAUUGGUGCUGUUGCAGUUUGCAGAAACCAGAACACAGGCUCAUCCUCCUUUGAUUCAGCCAAACUGCGCAUGUCCCCGUCUGGAACCGACGGUUACGUGCAACGUGGUAGCUAUCUCUGUGAGGUAA